AUGAUCAUCCAAUUCACUACCGUUCAGCUGUGGUCUGCCAUCACUGGGACUCGUCCUGGUAUCCUACUGCCGCAGAAAGCUUCUCUACCUGACAGGCCAUCACUGGGAAAACGAAAUUGGCACCAAGCAUUUCCGAGUGACCUCCCCAAACACGUAUCAAUGGAUGAUCUACCAGGCUCCGUGUGUUACCGCGACAUCAAGCUCUUUUACCUUAAAGAUCCUGACAGCAAACGUGAUAUCCUGUGCGCGAUUAUUGAGUUUCGCAAUCUCAAGGGUCAACUGGAAGGUGCUGAUGGGACCAAGUUUUUUAUGCACAGCGACUAUCAGCUGGCCUAUUGUCCCAUCACCCAGAUUAUCGCAUACGCCUUUCGUGAUGGAGCAUUCGAAAACAGCGCAUUGACGCCCGAUAUUGUAUGGCGCCUGAAAGUUCUGAAAUGCUUGCAAUCCCUCCCUCUCCGAUGGAAGCUGGAGAAGCUAAAUACUCCUCUCCUUUGGCGCCUCAAGCGGACUCCCUACGGCUAUGAACUACACGAGUCUUUGUCCAUGACGUAUGAUUCGAGUUGGCAAGCGCUCCAAGAGUUGGGACGUGAUGCCAGGUUUGAGAAUGACAUCGGCCACUAUAACUACCGGCGUUGGACUGCAAAUGAAGUUAAUCAUACAUAUGACCAGUUGUAUCCAGUUGGACGCAAUUCAGAGGAAAACAUCUCAGCCAAUACUCUAUAUGAUGAUGUGUCUAACUUGCCGUAUUAUAGGGAAUUUUACCAGCCAGGAACGGAAGAGGGUGCUAGGCCAGUCUGGCAACACAGUUUUCAAAAAGCACUAUCAGUCGCAAUUCAUCCAGCGUGA